AUGUGGAGAAGAUCGGCGUCGUUCGUCCUCGAUAAGCAUCAGAACAAUAAACCGAUCUCUCUAACUCCGUCGAUCGAUUCUCCUCCUCCACACUCAAUGGCGGACGAAAACUCUAACCCUAAUCCGAUUUCGGCUUACUAUCAAACCCGAGCGGCGCACCAUGGAAUCGUGACCAGCGAUUGGUUGGAACAAGCGCAAGCCGCCGUUCGACGUUAUCCUGAACGUGAUUACUCGGUUUCUCCGGGAAGACCGUUUAGCGUGAUUGAGGAAUUUAACAAUUGGAGGCAGCAACCUGAUUUGGCGGAGGCUGUUGCGGCGAUUCGUGCUCUUGCCGCUGUUAUUAGAGCUAGCGAAGCUACUACCAUGAUGGAACUUGAAAUUGAACUCAAAAAGGCUUCUGAUACCUUGAAAUCAUGGGACACAACGUCUAUAUCCUUAACAGCAGGAUGUGAUCUAUUCAUGCGUUACGUGACCAGAACAUCUGCUUUAGAGUUUGAGGAUUUCAACUCUGCAAAGUCCCGCGUGCUCUCGCGUGCUGAGAAAUUUGGGGAGAUAUCUUGCAAGGCUCGGAAGAUAAUUGCAGUGCUUAGUCAGGAUUUCAUAUUUGAUGGGUGUACUAUACUAGUUCAUGGCUUCUCGAGAGUUGUUUUCGAAAUCUUGAAGAUGGCAGCUCAGAACAAGAAACUCUUUCGAGUCUUGUGCACAGAGGGAAGGCCAGAUAAAACAGGAGUAUUGCUAGCUAAUGAGCUUGCAAAGCUUGAUGUUCCAGUGAAGCUUCUGAUUGAUUCAGCUGUGGCUUAUAGCAUGGAUGAAGUAGACAUGGUGUUUGUUGGAGCUGACGGAGUAGUUGAGAGUGGUGGAGUGAUUAACAUGAUGGGAACUUACCAAAUCGCUCUCGUCGCUCACAGUAUGAACAAACCAGUCUAUGUAGCUGCAGAGAGUUACAAGUUUGCUCGGCUCUAUCCGUUGGAUCAAAAGGACUUGGAACCGGCUCUGCGACCUAUUGAUUUCGAUGUUCCUGUUCCUCCAAAGGUUGAGGUAGAAAGAUCUGCGAGAGACUACACUCCUCCUCAGUACUUGACUCUGCUCUUCACUGAUCUUGGUGUGCUCACUCCAUCGGUAGUAAGUGAUGAGCUAAUUCAGCUUUACUUGUGA